CCCGGAUGCUGCCGCCCGGCGCCGCCGCCGCUUCCUGCGGGCCCGCUGCGGCCGCGGGAGCCGCGGGGAGCCCCGGGAGCGCCGGGAGCGCCGCAGCGCGGCCCCGCCAUGUGGCUCUUCGCCCGGGACCCGGUGCGGGAUUUCCCCUUCGAGCUGGGCCCGCCCGACGCCGAUCCCGACGCGGAGCCGCCCGCGGACCCCGCGGCCCCGGCCCCGCUCUGGCGGCUGCUGCGGGGGCGCCGCAAGGCCGACGGCGCUCCGGUGUCGGUGUUCGCGCACAGCCUGGCCCCGGGCGGUGACCCCGCUGCCACCGCGCUGGCCCGGGCGGGGCUGAAGCGGCUCCGCAGCCUCCGGCACCCCAACGUCCUGGGCUACCUGGACAGCCUGGAGGCCGACGGCGCUCCGGUGUCGGUGUUCGCGCACAGCCUGGCCCCGGGCGGUGACCCCGGUGCCACCGCGCUGGCCCGGGCGGGGCUGAAGCGGCUCCGCAGCCUCCGGCACCCCAACGUCCUGGGCUACCUGGACAGCCUGGAGCGAGAGGACAACCCCCCCGAGCUCAGCGCCCCCUCCCGAGGCCAGGGAGACCCCUGGGCAGGGGACAUGUGGCGCCUGGGCUGCCUCAUCUGGGAGGUCUUCAAUGGACCCCUCCCCCGGCCAGGGGCCCUGCGCAGCUUUGGCAAGCUGCCCCCCGGGCUCAUCCCGCCCUUCUCGGAGCUGGUGGCUGCGGAUCCGGGGGCCCGGCCGGGCCCGGGGCCGCUCCUGGAGCGGCUGCAGCGCCCGGGAGCCUUCCUGGCCUGCGCCCUGGUGCGCACCGGGCUCUUCCUCGAGCACUUCCAGGUCCGGGACCCCUCGGAGCGCCGGACGUUCCUGCAGGAGCUGCCCCCUCUCCUGGAGUCCCUCCCGGGGCCCUUCCGGAGGCACAAGCUGCUCCCGAGGCUGCUCGAGGCCCUGGAGCUGGGCAGCGCUGAUGCCAGCGCCCUGCCCCCGCUGCUGCAGGUGGCGAAGGUCCUGGACCCCCCCGAGUACCAGGAGCGAAUCGUCCCCGUCCUCGUGCGGCUCUUCUCGUCCCCCGAGCGGGGCCUGCGCCUGCGCCUGCUGCAGCUGCUCGAGGAGUUCAUUGAGUUCCUGCCUGAGGCCACGGUGGAUUCCCAAAUUUUCCCCCACGUCGCCCACGGGUUCCUGGACUCCAACCCGGCCAUCCGCGAGCAGACGGUCAAGUCCAUGGUGCUGCUGGCGCCCAAGCUGGGGGAGGGGCGCAGGGGGGGGGAGCUGCCCCGGCUGCUGCUGCGGGUGCAGGGGGGGGACGCGCUGGGACCCCUGCGCUGCAACGCCACGCUGUGCCUGGGGCGCCUGGCCCCCCACCUGCCCGCCCAGGUGAGCCCUGAGACCCCCUGAACGCCCCC